ACUCGUAGACGUCUGCUCAACCCGCUGCAUCAACGCUGGCAUUCGUCGACCGGAUCGCGUCUUCACCUCUACUCCACCGAGACGGCGUCGGUCUGCGAUCGCUGGCAGCCGACCGCGCGGCCGUCUCGACCGGUCGUCGGGGCCUGGUGCCUCGGUAGACCCAGGCACCGGCACCAAUCGGCGCCAGAUCCGCCCUCUCCGAUACCACAACUGCGGCGACGACAGGCCGCCGGUUCGAGAAGUCACGUCGAGGCGAAACGUAUGCUUUGGCUUCUGGGCGCCGACCGACCGAUGGUGCGUUGGCAGGACGAGACGAAACGACAAAACAGCGAUUCCUCCGACGACGGCAGCAAAAGCAUGCAAGACCCAAUGUCUGUGGCAUGCGCAACACCAGACACAGUCGUCUCGUGUUACCAUGGCAGCAGUAAUGUGGUUGGCAUGGCUCGAGGCGUGCGUGUCAACGGGCCGACUUCACCGCGUGUCAGGACGCCACGCGACGAGAUGCAUCCACGCAAGCAUUGCGUCCUGAUGCCGGUUGGUGGCGGUUGGACGUCGGGGUCGUCCUCAAAGCUCGUUGAGCCCGACGCGUCCCGACGGCAGGUAGAGUUGCCGGCCGCGGUGUUCAGCCGACAAAUCUGCAUUAGUUCGCCUGAAGAUGUACGAUUUGAGUCCGAGAUGAGGCAUCGUCAAAUGGAGCCGGAGAGGAGUAGACUCGAAGAGGAUGUCAGGGAAACUGGGUGUCAGAGUUGGCCGGAAGGAAAACUAGUUCGCUUUUCUGGCCGUCGUGAAGCACCGAAGGCAUGUGAGGGGAAACGAGGCGCUUGCGAUCCAAUCGAGCAAAGUGUCAAAAGUGACGAGGCAAUCGAGAGGUCAAGUCGAGAAGAGGGAAGAUUGGGUAUCGGCGGAAAGGUGUUGACUAAGUGCUCCGGAGUCUGCGGUUGCUGGUGGCAGCGCAAGCAAAAUCGGGGUACCAUGGCGGUGACGUAUGGCGAAGCGAGUGGUCGCGUCGUUGCUGCCCCGCCCAGCAGAAGGGAGCAGCGCAACGAGAGAAAGGCGGCACGCACUCUGAGCGCCAUUUUGGUAGCAUUUAUUGUCACCUGGACGCCGUACAAUGUCUUUGCAGUGAUCAACGGUCUGCUGAGUGAAACCAAACCGAUUCCUGAUUCAGUAUACAAUGUUGGUAAGCCGAUGUCGACAUGUCUCGUCGUGCUAUUUGGCAAGGACGAAACUGUACAACAACCGAAAAAGUGGUCGCCUUAA